AUGACGAACUACGAUGAUGGCAAUGUUAUUGCUAAAGUGGUUGUUAAGGAUAUCAAAAUCAUGUUUGAAAACGCACCGGCUCAUAAGCAUAGAUUCUUUGGAUUGCCCAAGGAAAGAACAGUCGGCUUAGAGCUUACGUUAACACAUAGCGUGUCCUCUACAAAUGGCGUGUCCUCUACACAUGGCGUGUCCAAGUCUACAACAAAUACCAAAAUUGAUGAUAGAGGACAUGUAACGUAUGCGGAACACAUCAUCUUUGAUGUGCGCUGUACGGGUCCGUUGAAGAUAUCCUUCAAAUGCACUGAUCCGGAAGGCAUUGGCCCAGCUGCCAUUAUUGGCGAAGGAGCUAUCGACUUAUCGGAUUAUGAUGAAACCCAACAUAAAUUUGUGUCUGAGCUGAGAAACGGAAUCGGACAGUUAUCAUUCAAUGCAUUCUUGCUGUCACCCGACCCACCUAAUGGCUUGGAUAAAGCCAUUUUUAAUAGAGAAAUAUUCGGACGUCAUAUUGGAUAUUUUCUUAUUGAUAAUGUCACAUGCACACUGGCCGACAAGUUCAGAGCUCAUCUAGAAUGGAUCAUUAACAAACCCGCAGUGCAUUCCACACUAAAUUACUACAAAACUUCUAUGGGCAAAUCGGAAUACGCAAUACCAUUAGAGCUUCUUGCGAAACCAGAAAUAAAGUUAGAAAUAUUGGCACUGCAUGAAAAAAGGUCAGCUAAAAUGGUCGUUGUGUUGACGAGUCAGGCGAUAUGGCAAAAGUUAAUUAUUGGACAAAAAUUCGAGGUUAAAGAACCACUCAUGGAGAAUAGGAACAGAAGGGGUAUGCUUAGCUUCACCAUCAGUUGCCACGGUUUGCUCAAAUUCAGAGACCUCGUUAGCAGUAGCCCUAUCCCAGUAAUGCCGCCCAAAGAAUCGCCAACGAGUCAGAGCACCUGGCCAGCUUCAAACGACAUGUCAUUGAAUGGGGGCCUGCUUGAUCGGACAUCUCCGUCCAGUCAUUCGAUAGAUCCCACAUAUGGAUACCCGCCGCAAUCGAGCCGAAUACUACCAGGUGGCCUGUACCAACGUCGACAAGAAAGUGUGUUCGAACCCCCUCCGUCAAACAUCAUCGUCCGCGAACGAUAUCUGUUGAAAUGGCGACUGGACGAGUUGAGCUCGAGGCAUCCUCUUUACGUGGGAGAACACCUUCGAACAAAGGAUACUUUUAUUAUCAAGAUAUUUCCAGUGCAAAAGGCGUGGGUUGACGAAACGGAUCUGCUUGUGAAACUUAAAGGGAAGCAUGUGGUGAGGCUGAUUGAUGCGGAUACGGAGCAGAAGAAUGAUUUUUAUUUUACCGUGACAGUGAAUUACGGAGAAAAUUUGGAGAAGGAGUUACUACGACUAAAGUCGUUACGAGAUGAUGCGCAAUCUCAGAGAGAAUUGUUCAAGAAUAUAUGCCAGGCGGUGCGGUUUAUUCAUUCAAAAGAGAUAGUGCAUCUCAAUCUCGAACCAUCAAAUAUUCUCUUAAAAGAGGACGGUAGCUUAAAGAUACGCAUCUGUGGGUUUUCCCAUGCCCGCAAGGUUGACUCGCGCAUAUAUCGUGAACUGAGUAAUGGAUAUUGCAUCACACCGGGUUUCAGGUCACCCGAAUUAGUAUCAACUAGCGGCGAUAUCAGAGCCACAUAUGCACAAGAUGUCUUCUCGCUUGGAUGUAUUUUGUACUAUAUUGUUUCGAAGGUGAAGCUGUACGAGUCGGAAGACGCUUUUCCACGCAUGCGCAUUGAAGAGCAUGUUAGUUACAAUUGUCAUGAUCAGCAUGUGGAAGAUUUGCUGUUGAAGAUGUUGGAGAGAGAUCCCAACAACAGGCCAACUAUCGAGGAGGUGUUGAGGGAUGCCUAUUUUGUCGGGAGGCCGCCGUCACCAGACGAGUAG